CUCGAGCCGGUAUCUCCUGCUUCCCAAGGCUGACCUUGCCAUUCUCAUUCGUCAGACCUACUAGUCCGUCAUGGCUGUUACGGUACCGAAAGCAGAUUUCAUAGGCACGCUGCUGGAGACGCUAUGUUACGGGAUGUACUUUGUGUUCUUUACUAGGUUUAUUCGUGUACUCUACGCAAGGCACUUGGCGGGCAGGCCGGCACGAUACCUCCUUGCCAUCGCGAUCGUCAUAUUUCUCCUGAUCACUGCGCACUUGUCAAUCCAAGUCAAUCGCAUAACUCGCGCGUUCACGGAUAACAUGGACGUGGCGAACGGCCCGGCAUUGUAUUAUUCAAAGCUCAGCAAGAAGGAAAGUGCUGCUAAGGCUUCCAUCUAUGUAGCCUUGACCCUCAUCUGUGAUAUACUCAUGGUUUAUCGAGUAUACGUGGUGUACGACCGAAAGCGUGCCAUUAUAGCCGUCCCGUUUGUGCUCUUUCUGGCCGAUCUAGCACUGGCGGUGUGGUACGUAUGGAGCGGCUCGCACGUCAGCAGGUCGCGGCUCGGGAUGUCCCCGCUUGUACCGAUCAACAUCUUUUACGGAGUUACGCUUGCACUGAAUCUGUUAUGCACAAUCAUGAUAGCAUUGAAAAUCUGGACCAUUCAUCGUAAAUUACCGGGACGUGCUGUGGCAGGAGUCCGCAUUCAAGGCAUCGUUGCCAUCAUCGUUGAGUCUGCGGCCAUAUACACAUGCGUUCUUGUCACACUCAUCGUGACGAGUAUCAUUCACACGAUUGGACUGUGGAUCGUCUUGGACCCCAUACCCCCUAUCAUCGGAAUGGUUUUCAUGAACGUGAUGGUUCGCGCGUCGAGGCAAUACCACAGCGACACUUUCCUGAGCAUUAACCUCUCCCUUCCGACGUAUCUCGAGUCAGAAGAUGGUAAAGCUUAGGUUAACAGCGGACCAUCACGUACGGAAUGGGAAUGUGUAUCUCGGUGUUAUUUUGCCAUCAAGUAUCAUUUGUUACUACCUGUCUCCUCAAACUCAAUCUACGGUCCGAGUCGUUCGCGGGAAAUCUCAUCAUU